AUGACCAUAGUGCACACAGAAGGAAUUUUCACUCAUGAGAUUUCUUGGUGCAAUUGCCCUGGGUCAGAUCCAAUUGACUGGCACCUUGAUUUACUCAGGGAAAGACUCUUUCCAGCCAGUAUAACAAAGCCCAAGACUGCUUUCACCUUUGAUGUUCUUAAUCACUUUCUCAUUGAUGCCCUGGAAUGCAAGACUUCAGCUAUGAGUUUCUAUCAGAAGCUGAAGGGGUUCACCAACAAUGCAUUUCCUGACUGUAUACCAGACAGGUACCGAGAGCUGAUGAGGGUUUCCAGACUGUGGAGGGAUUUGAAACAUAGGAAAUGGUUUGGCUUUGGUCAUGAUAAAGAACAAGAUCCUAGACAAGGAGAACUUGCACUCUUUUGUCCUGCCUGCCCACAACCAGAUGGAACUGGUUACAUGGUUGCUGAAAAGCCCUACCAGGCCCAUCUUGAGCAGUCUUUGGAUAACAAGGAGAGAUCCACCUGCAGCAAUCACAGGGCAAUCAAUGCUGCUAAUAUUAACAACAUCACAAAGGCCCUUGUCAUUUAUGAUGUUGGGUGCCAGUGGAGUAUUAACUUCCAGAGUCGGGUAAAAUCCAGCUGCUCUCUCCAUCUCCCUCCCUCCCUGGAAAUCAUUCCUGCUGUGGGGAAGUUUCAUUUUGCUGCCCACAAACUCUCUUGCUUUCCAAGAUAUAGCCUCAACUUUAUCAAGGGUGCUGGUCAUCUGGAUGGUGAAAUUUUGGAGACAUUGUGGGCUCCAUUCAAUACAAUCUCUCCCACUGCAAGGUCUAUGACUCAGGCCCACAGACAAGAAGUGUAUGAUGACCAUAUGAGAGAUUCUAACUGGAAAAAAAUUGUCAACAUGGGUGAGAGACCUUUUCUUCAAAGAGAAGUUAAUUUACCCCGUACAUCUCAGUUCCUGCACUGUUGA